AUGGCCUUUGGAAGUAGCCCACUCCUGCUCGCUGAAUUGUCCAAAUGGUGUAAGGAGGUAGAGAUUGAGGAGGCUCAUGCUAUACUGUUGAUCGGCGUACCUGCAACUACCGAAGUAGCAGUUAUUGAAGAUGCUGUUCAAACUGUGAAAGUUUUUGGAAGAGUGCGAGUUCGAGACUCAAAAGUGGGGCCCAGUCCUGAUACCCUAGUGGUGCUAUGUGAGUGUCGGGAAGUCAUCGACCCUGCCCGCAUUCCAGCUGAACUACUGCGGCCUGAUGGAGAAGAGUCGUGGAAAGUGGUAGUGACACCUGGUGAUGUUCCAACCUCUGAGUUUUCCAAGAAAUUGUCAAAGUUCUUAACAGAUGAAAGAAAAUCUAUGAUUGACUUACAGGCCUUGUUCUCUCCACAAAGUUUCAGUUGCCCUGAGUCCAUCAUACGUGCAGUGGGUGAACUUCUGGAGAAGACCACAAAACCAGUAGGGGAAACUAAUGCUUAUCGACGGCUACGUAUCUUUUCUGGCAUUGUUCCAAUACCGAUUGGAGAAGAAAGUCUAGAAAACUGGAUAGAACAAGCAAGAUUAAUGACUGAGGAAUGUGAGUGUUCUGAAAAGGAAAAACGGCGAAGAAUAAUGGAGAGUGUGAAAGGGCCAGCCCUUGACAUUAUCAAAGCUGUUCGAUUUUCAUGUCCUGACGCAAGUGCUGUUCAAUAUUUGGAAGCAUUAGAAAACACAUUUGGAACCUUGGAGUCAGGGGAGGAUCUAUACUUUGCUUUUCGUCUAAUGCGUCAAUUCCCUGGGGAAGCAUUGUCUGAUUUUUUACGUAGGAUGGAGAAAUCCUUAACUAAAGUUGUGCAAAGAGGAGGGUUAAGUCCUCAGAUGAUGGACAGAACAAGGGUUGACCAGCUGAUUAGAGGUGCGGUAGAGUCGGAUCUGAUGCUUCUGCAGUUAAGACUGAGGGAGAGAAGGGAACAGCCACCAACUUUCUUAACCCUGCUGAAUGAAAUCAAAGGAGCUGAGGAGAAUGAAACUGCUCGCCGUAAACUCAAGGUAUCCGUGAAGGCCGUACAGCUGAGACAGGAUGGUGAGACGGACUCUUCGGUGAUCAAACAACUCCAAGAAUAA